AUGGAUGACGACAGGCCUUCGGUCGACUCGUGGCACUGUUGGUCGAUGCAUCAGUUCUCGCUUACUCCGUCUCAGACCUGGAUGCGUUUAAUGAAUAAACAGCUUCCCUGCAAUCAAAACCUAGACACGCCUCGACCACCGGACACCACUUCCAACCCACCGCCCAUCCACACUUGCAUCCGCCUCCAGUCCACACACCAACGCCACAACUCCAGUGACUGCAAAAAAGACAACAACGACGAAAACUACUACUACCACCACUUGUAUUACACGUGCAUGCAGUCGUACGUGGGCACCAUUAUGCGCAUCCAGUCCAAACCAGUACAAUGCAAUGAGCUGCCCAAUGGAGCUGAAGCAGUUGUCACUGGCGCACUGGAGCACUCACAAGGGCUCAACCCUCCCCAGGAGGAGGUCUCUGUUUCCGACAAAAAUCGACGCGAAGUGUUAUAG